AUGUUUGAUCUAAUCAAGCUGGCCUUUAUGGCUUGUGACGAAGAUGCGAAAGAAUGGUAUGACACUGUUCCUAGAAACGUUGUUAGAGUUGAUGUGCAAAAUUGUUGUAUAGAACUAAUGAAUGUCACAAUGGAAAACCGUAUAAAUCCAUCAAAUACUGAAUUAUGUGCGGAAGCAGCAUUCUAUGGCCAUCUUGACUGUUUAUCAUUUGCUCAUCGUUUAGGAUAUUUAUGGAAUGAUACAGCAUGUGCAGCGGCAGCAUGCAGUGGACAAUUCGAUUGUUUGGAAUACUUGAGAGAAAAUGGAUGUGAAUGGGAUGUAGAAACAUGUGUGUAUGCUGCAUGUAAUGGUGAUUUGCAUUGUUUAAAGUAUGCAGUUGAAAAUGGAUGUCCAGUUAACAAAGAUGCAAUGAACUGUUCUGCAAAAAAUGGUCGUUUAGACUGUUUAAAAUACUUACAUGCCAAGGAGGUAAUGUGGGACGAAUUUACAUGUUCAUAUGCUGCAGAAAAUGGUCAUAUUGAUUGUUUAAGGUACCUCCAUGAAAAUGGGUGUCCGUGGAAUGAACAUGUAAGCUACUGGGUUGCAUUGAAUGGUCAUCUUGAAUGCCUAAUAUAUUCCCAUGAACAUGGAUGUCCAUGGAAUGACCUAGUAACCUGCUUCGCUGCAAUAAAAGGGCAUUUAAGCUGCAUGAUAUAUGCCCAUGAAAACGAUUGUCCAUGGCAUGAAGAUACCACUUUCUAUGCAAGAAUGGGCAGACACACAGAGUGUUUAAUUUAUGCCCUUGAUAACGGUUGUGAGUUGAAUGACAAAAGAUACACAAAUGAAGAAUAA